UAUUAAACGUAAUGGACAGAUUACGCUUAAUCGCUGAAGUUCGCCAGAGACCCAUAUUAUGGGAUUUUCACCGUCUAAACAGAUCACGUCAAGAAAUAAAAAACAAAUGGCAAGAUGUUGCCAGUAGCAUGGGUGAUAAUGUUUCAGUGUCGGACUGUAAAAGUAUGUGGAAGCAUUUGCGUAAUGCUUAUUAUGAGGGCAAAAAACGAUGUGGUCAGCGCUUAAGUAAGGAUAAAUCUAUGGGUUUAUAUGAUCCUGCAAAUAAAUAUUAUGGCAACACGCAUAAGUAUGCUAAACAAAUGAACUUUCUCGAAAAGAUUGUCAAACCGGAAAAACAAAAAUUUCAACAUGAUUCUCAAACACAGGAAUUAUACUUGUUCUCAAUAAGAUCUACAAGUUCAAAACCUCAGGAAAGUGAAGCAAAAUCAUAUACGAGUAAUAAUGAACAUACACUAUUAACGCAUGAUGAUACCGAUAAUAUUCGUGUAAAACAAGAGCCUAAAAAUGAAAUCGCAAUGGAACCAUAUCACUUGGACCACAAUGAAAGUAAUUCUGUAAACUCGAACAACUUAAAUGAUCGCGAAAAAAGUGAAAAAGAAUUUAAAUCAAUUCCUAUUAAACAAAAUAAUAACAUUACUGCCGCACCCUCGACGCACUAUAUUAACGAUCCUGAUUAUAAUUUUUUGAUUAGCUUUUCUUCGCACAUGAAAUCAAUGACUCCAUUGCAAAAUUUACAGUUUCGUGCCAAAAUGGCAGAUAUGAUAUUAAAUAUUUUAAAGUCUUGCAAUUCUGCUACUGAAACAAAUAAGCCAGUUAAUAAUAUACUACAACUAAAAGCUUUGGUUGAUAUUAGCGAUCCAGAUGGUAAUUUCUUGAUCAGCUUUAUGCUUUAUAUGAAAAUGUUGACUACAUUGCAAAAUUUACAAUUACGAUCAAAAAUAUCUGAAUUAAUGUUAAAUAUUUUGUCAAAAAAUUGCACAUAAUUGAAAUUAGUUUUAAGUUGUAGUUUAAGCUUUUUAAUAAAUUGUAAAGAAAUUAAAAAGGAAAGGUUAAAGGUUACAUGAAUGACAUUAAACAUUAAUGAAUCUGGGAAACAAUAUCACCAGCUUUAUAAUUUCGAACAAGAUGUUGAAAAGGAUUCUUAUGAAGAAGAACAACUAAAAAGUGAAAAGUGAAGAAGUAGCGGAUUCAAUAGAUGUUGAGCAAAAUUUUAAAAUCGAGGUAGAAUCAUAUUCCACGAAUGAUGAAGAAGAUAGUGAAAGACUAUGGAUUAGAAUCGAGAAUUCGGAGGAAACUAAGAAUAAUGACGAUAAAGAAGCUGUAGAUAUAACACCUAAGGCAAGACACUCUACUUCCCCCUUUAACGGUUCGAGCCAAUAUGCCCAAUUUGAUAUUGAGUAUUUUAACGAAUUCUUUAUCUGAUAACAAACUUGAAACACAAAAGAUAAAGAUCUUUGGUUGAAGUUUUAUCGAAAAUUUUCUACAAAAAGAUAUUUUGAUUGAACAUUUUCUAUAAAAAGAAAAUUAGAUAGAAAAUUUUUUAU